GACAAACAUGGCGGAGAUAGCCGCCGUAGAAAACCCUAGCCACCGCAAAAUCAAACGAGCGAGAAAUCCAAUCGACGGCGUCGAUGUCAUCAGCUCUCUUCCCGACGCAAUCCUCCAACACAUCUUCUCUCUAAUUCCGACAAAAUACGCAAUCAGAACCUCCGUUUUGUCCAAACGAUGGAGACAUGUAUGGUCCGAAACACCUUCUCUCAACCUAGACUGCUACAGAUACGACCCUGAUUCAGUAAUCGAAACCUUAGCUAGAUACUACUCAUCUCCCAAAAUCACGACCUUUGAUCUCUCUAUCAGCACCUCCAAGGCCAACAACAUUGACAGGUUGAUCGAUUUCGCCGUGUCUCGCAACACGGAGAAGCUUUCUCUAGAGUUCCGUCACUCUUACGCAAUGGCUUACCGUUUUCCUGAGGUCUUCUUCACCAGUAGCUCCUCUUUGAAACAGCUCUGUGUCGAAUCGGGUGCUUUCGAUACGAUUCCUGGACACGUCACCGUGUCUUGGACAUCGCUGAAGACAUUAUCUUUGAGAGGCUGUGAGCUUUCUGACGAGGCAUGUGACAAGAUUCUCUCUGGUUCUCCGCUUCUUGAAUGUUUGACAUUGUGUUGUGAUAAACUUGAGCGUCUUGAUCUGAGCAAGUGUUUGAAGUUGAAGAGAUUGGAUGUUGAGUGUUGGGAAAAUUUGGAGAUUGUGGCUCCGCGUAUCUGUUUUUUGAGGUUGACUCAUAGUGAUGAGACGCGAUGUGAGUUAGUUGAUGUCUCUUCUUUGACCGAAGCUAACGUGAACAUCUACUGUUCCAGACGUCUUGGUUUCUUGUAUGAUGAUUUUGGCGAUCCUGAAACUGGUUUAGCUGAUAAUCUUCAAGUGAUGAUCUUAGAGACGCUUGAUAAGUUGCAGAAUGUGGAGAAACUUACUUUGUGUGGAGCUUUCUGUCUUCAGAUAUUAUCUCUUGCCGUCCUCUGUGGUGUUCCUUUUCCGACGUUUAAGGUGGAAGCUUUGACUAUUGAAACGGCUAUCUAUCAAUCUAUUAUUCCUGGUGUGGCAAAGCUGCUACAAAACUCACCAAGAUUAGAGAAGAUCAUAGUAGCGACAGUUGACUGCAACAUCCUAGAGGAGUCUCGUCUUACCAACUACUUGUAUUGGAAAGGCUUGGAGACGCGUCAAUGUUGGAAACCGAAAGAUUUGGAUGACGCGAGUUUGUCUGAACCGGAACUCGUGACAUCUGUCAUGAACUUUCUGCUGAAAACAAGUGGAAAGGAAUGGUAUAAGGUUGGGAGUUACACUUUCUUACAAAACAAAAACUCUGAGAUAUCUUUUGUCACUCACUUAACUCAAGACUAUUUCUUUCGUUAAAUCUUAUUCGUAUAAUCUUUUUUCUUAUUAAGACGUUCUCUCUGUAGUGAAAUUUAUUUAUAUUCUCUAGUUCUUUAUUUGACAUUUCUCUUAUCGACCGUCAUAUUCGAAAUCUAACAUUUUUUGCAAGUGAAUGUUUCUUUUGUCACCUUUUUGUAACAC